UUAGAUGCCAACCCCAAAAGAAAGAAAUAACUAACUGUUUUUUAACAGUCAUUGGGGUCCAUUCCAUUGUUGUGGAUGAGCUAAGCCUAAGCCUAACAGAGGGAAGAAGCAAAGCUACAGAGAAACAAGAGAGAACCAAUCAAUUCAAUAAUGGUUAUUCUCUCUCCCUCUCUCUCUCUCUUCACCUCCAAUCCAAACCUCUUCUUCUUCAGGUACUCUUCAUCUCCAUCUCUUACUUCAACAGUGGUGCACGUGCACCAGCAGAGCAAAUGCAGAGUACUUGAACCUGAACCAUGCUCAAAACCCAAUUUCCAAAAUGGGUUCUGCAGCAGAAGAGAGUUAUUGCUGUUUGGCCUUUCUUCUCCCCUCUUAACAGUUUUGCCAUCUUCAGGGUCCCUUGCAGAAGAAGAUGUGAAAAUGGCUUCGUUUGCUGAUGACAUAAAUUCUUAUUCUUAUCUCUACCCGGUGGAGUUGCAAUCUAAGAAGGUCAUCUUCAAAUGGGUGGAAUCCAGAAAGCCGGAACGCUAUUCAUCAGCUGCUCCAUUAUCUCCUGAUGCACGCCUGCGCAUUGUCUCUGAGCGUGUUGACAUUAUCGAUAAUCUCAUAAUUUCCAUUUCGAUAGGUCCCCCAAAUUCAAAGAUUAUAAAAUCACCGGACAAGAGUACCUGGACUGCAAAAGAUGUUGCUGAUUCUGUUUUGGCUGACAAGUCUGCAUUGCGGGUUACCUCAACUCAGCGAAUGGCUGAGAGUUCAGUUCUUGAUGCACAUACUAGUGAAAUUGAUGGUCAGCCAUAUUGGAAUUUUGAGUACCUUGUCCGCAAAGCACCCACAAAAACUGCUCAAGAAUCUAACAGUUACCGGCACUAUGUGGCUUCAACAACCGAACGAGAUGGUUAUUUGUACUGUAUAAACGCUUCAACUCUCAACAAGCAGUGGAACAUUAUGGGACCUAUCUUGCAAAAGACUGUAGAUUCAUUUCACCUUCUCCCUCCCACAGAAAACUAUGUUCCUCCAUUCAAGGAUCCAUGGAGAUUUUGGUGACUGCAUACUUGAUUUUCUUGUCCCACUAGUGCAAAACUUGAGAAAUUUGUAUACCUAUGUUCUACCAUUCAAAUUUUGGCUCUAAGUUCCGUUAUAUUUGUUUC